AUGAAUAAAUAAUUAGAUGGAUUAGAAGAUAUUUCAGAUUAUUUUGUGAGUCUUAAUGUUGUUAGAUUACCUCUGAUGCUUUUAAGACUGUAAAAUAACACUUCAGUCUUUUAACUCUACUUAAAUCGUACUCAAUUUAAUGUGGAUUAGCAUUAGGCAAAACUGAAUUAAUUAUAUGAGUUAGUUUAAAGUUAGUACUAAGUUGAUAGAUAUUAAUAAACGGAAUUAGAUAAUUAUUUAUUUGCAGCAUUUGAAGGAGAAGCAUGCACUCUAUUAUCUUAAAACACUGAUUUGAUCACAAAUUCUUCAACUUUUUCACUGAGCGCUUGUCUUGAAGUUUAAAAUGGUAUAAUUAACACGGUAUUUAUUAAAAAAUUAAAAUAAUCACUCACUCCCACUAUGAUUUUAUGA